ACUUAGAAAUACACUAAGAUAGUCUAACUCUCUGCUUUUCUUUAACCCAUUAACCCACUAAUCAUUUUGAAAUUAUCUCUGAAUGGCUCACAAAAGCAAGAUUCUGAUAAUUGGGGGGACUGGAUACAUUGGAAAAUACAUAGUAGAGGAAAGUGCGAAAGCUGGGCACCCCACUUUUGCAUUGGUCAGAGAGAACACAGCUUCUAAUCCUGAAAAGUCUAAACUCAUUGAGAGCUUCAAGAGCUCUGGAGUGACAUUUCUCAAUGGAGACAUCUAUCAUCAUGAGAGCUUGGUGAAGGCAAUAAAGCAAGUCGAUGUAGUUAUCUCUGCUGUUGGAACACAACAGAUAGCUGAUCAGGUGAAUAAUAUUGCAGCCAUCAAAGAAGCUGGAAAUAUCAAGAGGUUCCUCCCGUCCGAGUUUGGAAGUGCUAUGGAUCGUGCCAAGGCAGUCGAUCCAAUUAAACAUCAUCUCGGGGUCAAGGCUAGCAUCCGAAGAUCCAUCGAGGCCGAAGGAAUUCCAUAUACCUACCUUCUGUCUAAUGGCUUUGCUGGGUACUUUUUGCCCAACUUCGGAAUUUCACGUACUGGUGGCACUGGCAGUUUCACAGCUCCUCCUAGGGACAAAGUAGAAAUAAUUGAGUCUCCCAGUCCUUUAAACCUCAGACUAUCCAUUAAGCACGCUACAUUUGUGAGGGGAAAUCUUACAAACUCUGAGGUUAAGACUUCUUUUGGCGUGGAGGCUUCAGAGCUUUAUCCAGAGGUGAAAUACACCACUGCAGAUGAAUACUUGGACCAGUUUGUCUAACACUUGGAACAUUCCUUGGUGGUAAUGUUUUUACUAUCUUACAAUGUACAAUAAAAAAAAAAAGGGAAAUAUAUAUUGCACACACUCACUUACACACACAGUGUAGUGUGUGAAAUAGACAUUGCUCAAAGAUAAAAUCUAUGUUGUGUAUGUGGCAUUUGUUACUUGUUAGUUAUGCCCUUGUUUGUGUCAUGUAAACCCUUGGAUUGGAUCCUUAAUUUGUAAAUUUGUUUCCUGGUGAAUAUGUUAGUCAAAUUGUGCUUCUUGUGAAGAAAAUUUUAAAAAUCCUUGUUAUGAGGUUCUUUGUUGUAAAACAUGUUAAGUA